AUGAUUCGUGAAGUUUAUGAGCAUAUAUAUACAACUGUUGAUAUUAAUGGGUCAGAAGAAGUGAAAGCAAGUGCAACAGCCAAAGCUACUGUCGCAGCUUUUGCUGCAAGUGAAGGACACGCUCAUCCACGUGUCAUAGAACUACCAAAAACUAAUGAAGGUCUAGGUUUCAAUGUUAUGGGUGGUAAAGAACAAAAUUCAUCUAUUUACAUAAGUCGAAUUAUUCCUGGUGGUGUUGCAGAUAGUCAUGGUGGUUUAAAACGUGGUGAUCAAUUGCUAUCAGUAAAUGGGAUUUCUGUGGAGAGUGAACAUCAUGAAAGAGCUGUUGAACUUUUGAAAUUAGCACAAGGUACUGUGAAACUUGUAGUAAGAUAUACACCACGUAUUCUUGAAGAGAUGGAAGCACGUUUUGACAAGCAAAAAGCUCGACGUCGGCAACUUAGUUAA